AGGUGCUUGUUGCCACCCCUGUGAGGCACUGGUGUUUGGAUUGUCCCUCUGCCUGUUGGUUCUUGUUGAUUGUGGUAAACACAAACCAUCUGGCCCACAGUCUCCCCCAGCUCGCAGCAGUGUCUGCCUCCUGCCAAGUCCAGCCAGGAUCAGCCCCUGCAGCAAAAAAACUGGGACCCUGAGAACGGAAAGACUUGAUUGUGGUAGAGUGACCUCCUGGGAAGGUCCUGCCAAGAUGACAGCAUCAGCCAACCAGCAGCUGGCCUGCAAGUCACAUGACUCCCAGCACCAACCACAGGAGUGCUGCCACCCUCAGAACUUGGACAGUGCAAAACAGAGCAGCAUGGCAGUGCUAUGGCCAAGCCUUCUCGUAGACCUUUUCUGUACAUAUUCCCCUAGAAGACGAGGCUCGAUAUCCGAGUCCAGAUUGACGUACACAGGGACUCUGUUAGCAGUGCUAGUGGUGUGCUUGCUGAAUUUUUCUGCAGUGGGUGCUUCUAAACACGAAUCCAAUGAUGUCAUCACGUGGCUCGAAACGUACCCAGUCUCCCCCGUAACAGAUGCCACAGUGAAGAGCAAUGUUCCAGUGUCUGUGCUGUGGGGUGUCCCAGACCUCAACGUGGUUGUCGGAAGGUUGUUGCAGUUUACCAUACCUCCAGAUGCCUUCAAAGGCGACAUUGCAAAGUACAAGGUGUCUGCAGCUGGUGGUGGCAAGCUUCCCUCCUGGGUCCAGUGGGUCGGGGAGGACCGCACCCUCAUCUGCACCCCAUCCGAGAGCGAUGUCGGACUUCUCUACAUCACCGUCACCGCCAUCGGCAAGCCCAACAACACCUCUGACCCACCAUCCCAGGCCAGCGACGUGUUCUCCAUCAACGUGGUGCCGGAGACAGCGCCAGAGUCCACGGCUGCUCCCGCGCUGGUGUCUUACCUUGGUAACGUGGAGAACAGUGUGGUAUGUCUUCCAGGAGAGCCCUUCACCAUGGUUACCGUGAUCGUGGAUGCCGACCCCGACAAGUUGUACCCUAAGGACAAGCUGAAGCUGCUGUCUGGCAUGAAGGCCCACAUGAAGGUACCCCUGGACUUUCUCAAGCUGCUGCCGAUGGGAAACAAACGUAUCCUGGAUGCUUCCGCAUUCAUGGCAGGCCCCGGAAAUGUCAAGCAGGCCAAAACAGAGGGAAUGCUGCUGUCCUGGACUGUGGGGUGUGGUAGUGACACCAGCAACCUGAGGGGUGUGAAUCGUGUGGAGGAAACUGCAAAAAGCGGGGAAAUGGCUCGCGACCUGGGCUACGAUGUGAUUGGCUGGCACGUGACCAGCCCUAAACCGCACCUGAGCAAGCGUAUGAAGCGCCAGCUGCAGCUGCGACCCACUCCUACGCCUGUGCCGGUCAUCCCAGUAAUCCCAGAGGUGCCGGAGAGCAGCGCCAUCCCGCCAACACGGGUGAUCCCCACACAGGCCUCUCCCAUCUUCACCGUAGGGAGGACGGCCACCCUGGAGCCCACCCCUGCUCCAUCUAAGGUCGUGCCAACGGACACAAAGGUGUCCCUUACUGCAUCUCCAAAGGGAACCAGGACCAAGCCUACGAUGUCUGCCAGCAUGAUGCAGACUCCGACCAUGCUGCCACCAAGGCCAACCAGGAUCGACAUUGUCACCAGCACUGUGGCGCCCAGCAGGUCGGAGCUGGUCACCCCAACACCAGUCUUCACCGUCCCAGUCACACCCACACAGGUCACACAGCCUGUUACAACACCAGACAAAACGUCAGAGAGGACAACAACUCCCAAGACGACGAAACCAGAAGAAACAACAACGCCCAAGAAAGAAACAACUCCAGAAAAAGAAACAACUCCAGAAGCUCCCACCUUCCCCAAAACUCCUCAGGUCCCCACAGAACCCAACACUCCACCAGAACUUAUCAACCACAUCGACCGUGUUACCGUGUACCAGGGAGAGGUUCUGCGCUUCACGAUUCCCAUGGAUACCUUCUUCGAUGUGGAGGAUGGCAACACCAGGAAGCUCAAGCUGGUCUUCAUGAACAUCGAUGGACUCAUCAUGCCCAAGAACUCCUGGGUUCGCUUCAACGACACCAGCCAGGAGCUGUAUGGUCUGCCGAUGGGAGAGCAUGUGGGUACAGGGGAGUAUCUGAUGGCUGCUUUAGACAGUGCAGGUGCAGUAGCCAGAGAUGCCUUCGAGAUCCAAGUUCUGCCUCGUACCAAGCAAUUCAACCACAAGUUCAGCGUCAGGAUCGACUACGACUUCGAUAAAUUUAAGUACGACGUCAACAAGCAGCUGCUCUUGAUGGAGAAGCUAGCCAAACUUUAUGGAGAAAGUGACACCAGCUCCAUCACUGUGCAGGAGUUCAAAGCUGGGUCUGUCAUCUACUCCUGGAGCAACAACACCCUUCCGUAUUACCCCUGCCCCUCUGAGGAGAUCACACAGCUCAGGGCUAAGUUGAUGAAAAAUGGAGAGAUCAACCCAGAGCUUAUUGAGGCCCUGAAGCCAGAGUUCAUCGUGACGAAGGUCUCCGUGGCUCCUGCUGGGCCCUGUGAUAAGGGAUACGGAACUGACAAACCAAUAGGUCCAUCUAUUGACGAGAGUAACAGUCGUGUGACCAGCGAUGAUGACAAGUGGCUCCACAUCGUGCUGCCGGCGGUGAUCUGUGCAGCCAUCCUCCUGCUGCUCGGCCUCAUCAUCUUCCUGCUGUACCGCCGCCGCAGGAAGGGCAAGCUGUCCAAGGAGGACAAGCACACCUUUGUCAACAAGGGCAUCCCCAUCAUCUUUGCUGACGAGCUGGAGGACACCAAACCCACCACCUCGUCCACACCGGUCAUCAUGAAGGACGAGAAGCCCCCGCUGCCUCCCCCAGAGUACCCCAAGGUGCCCCUCCCCGACAUGCCUCCGGGCGUCGACCCUCCCCACACCCCUGACGACGAGUUCUCCACCCCGCCCUACCAGCCGCCACCCCCCUUCAGCACCCCCCAGGGCAGCAGGGGAACCAGACCGGUCAUCGCACCCCCCUACCGCUCACCCCCUCCCUACGUCCCCCCGUAAUACUAGGGGUCUGUACAGCCAAUCCUCACUAGUGUCCAACACGUGUGAACUAACUACCUAUUUGCCAUCACACAGUGGACAGGUUUAAGUCAGUAUUUUGUCAGUUUGAUGGUAGUACAAGUGCCAACAUUAGACCAUGAUGUAGCCAACAAAUGUAAAAAAAAUCUGUAGUAUUUGCUCAUGAUUCCUAAGUACUAAUCAAUUCCAGUCUGCAGCAGGUGCCAUAUAUUUAUUUAUUGUACAAACCUUAUUAUACCGCCAGGCCUAGUCGUAAUCCUUUAUUAACCAAGAAGCUACAUGUAGUAGAAUGUACAGCCAGGCCACGUGUCCACAGUAUGUGCAACGUCAUCGUAAGAGCAGGUCCUAGAGAUGACUGACUGUGAGAGUUGCAUAGAUAAUUCUGGUCCAGACAGCCUAGCGUGAUUAUGUAGUUCUUCUGACUUGAUUUCGUAUUGGUGCUGAUUUAUUUUGUGAAAACCUGUCAGAAAACUGAAAAUCCCACUGUUAGUGAUGUCGUGACCACUUGUGAACUUGGUUACUGAAUUCACUGUAACACCCAGGGUCUUGUGUGGAGUAUAAUACUCCUAAUUGCCAAAUGUACAAGAUAUUUGUUCAUAUCAAAGGAAGACAGAAGCGACAAAAGGAUCAGUCCCAAAACCAGUUGAUUCGGAGUUGUGAGUUUAUUGAGAUAGUGAAAUUUGUAUCUAAAUCUAGAGGCUUGUGUCAGUCAAGUUUUUGAAAAUACUGAUUACACCUUUAGCAUAUUUUGUUCUGACCAAAGAAGGGUACCGUAUAUUUUAAAGAGCAUGUUGCCACUUGUUACUUCUCACUACCUUUUAGAUUUUUUGAUAAUGUAUUAUAUUCUAAAAUCUAUAUUGUAUUGUUUAGUUAAUCAGUUCUUGUUAUUAUUUUUAACCUCUUAUGAUAAACUUUUCAAUUAAUCCAUCACAGUGGAGUUAGAAAACUUCCUGUGUCAAGUGAAGAUAAAUUUUGAGUAUUAUAGAUUUUCUUGAUAUUUUCGUACAAGGAUAUGCUGUGUUCCCUCACUGACUAACAAGAAGUGGUGACCCUCUGUUGCCCAGUCAGUGAGGGGAGACAUGCUGUACUUUUUCUGCAAUUUAUUCUGGUUAACAUUUGUGCACGUACAGAACCACUUGUAAGAUUGAAGAUUAAACUAGAACAUCAAUCUGUAUGAAGUGAUGUAGUAGCACGUUAAUCUGAUAGGGGGAGCUGUUUAUACUGUAUUCUAAUGCAAAGAAGACUGUGUUGUAGCUGGGAUGUUUUUGUCCCACGUAGUGAUGAUUUGAGACUACUUGGGUCCAGUAGGUAGACACCUGUAACUCCCCCAUCAGCACCUGAUCAGCCAUAUUAUAAUGUCUGUAGGUCCAACCUGUUCCAAUAAACCAUUUGUACAACAUGUAA